AAUGAACUUUGCACCCGCAAAUGUCACCCAAUAUAUUCCGCACAGCAUCUUAAAAGGUUCUCCUGUAAGCACUAUUUUUAACAGCCAAGCCCGCCCCCCAAAACAAAAUGGAAAAAGCACUAGGUGUUUUUUGUCACCGAUCUCAGUUUGUUAUCAAUUGAAGCAUCUCUCACAACAUUCACCUGAAGUCUGGCUUAUUUUACCCUUUUAUUAUUCGAUUUUUUUUUUCUUGCUGCUGAUAUAUGGCUUUUUUUUUUUUUUCCUGGUCUUUUUUACUGGCAUAAGAAAAACUGAGAAUUUAAUUGCACGAGACUACUUGGAAACAGAGAGGCUGAAAGCUUGCAAGGCAGAGGGACAAGAAGGGAAGGCUCUGGCGGCAGAGCAUGGAUAGGGAAGGAGCGGUGCUGCCGCGGUGCUCCGGGUGCACAUGUUCCAGGAGAUCAGUGCCGGGCGCUGCAGCUGCGGACACUAACUGAGCUGUCUGGCUAAUGAAGGCCACCUGGAUCAGGCUUCUGAAAAGAGCCAAAGGAGGACGUCUGAAGAAUUCUGAUAUCUGUGGUUCGGCGGACUCCUACACCAGCCGUCCAUCCGAUUCAGAUGUAUCUCUGGAAGAAGACAGGGAAGCAGUGCGGAGAGAGGCAGAGCGACAGGCCCAGGCACAGCUGGAAAAAGCAAAGACCAAACCUGUUGCGUUUGCAGUUCGGACAAAUGUUGGCUACAGCGCAGCUCACGAUGAUGAUGUUCCGGUCCCAGGCAUGGCCAUCUCAUUUGAAGCUAAAGAUUUUCUUCACGUUAAAGAAAAAUUUAAUAAUGACUGGUGGAUAGGACGAUUGGUAAAAGAAGGCUGUGAAAUAGGAUUCAUACCAAGCCCGGUCAAACUAGAAAACAUGAGGCUGCAGCAUGAACAAAAGGCAAAACAAGGAAAAUUCUACUCCAGUAAAUCAGGAGGAAACUCAUCAUCCAGUUUGGGUGACAUAGUUCCUAGUUCCAGAAAAUCGACGCCUCCAUCAUCUGCUAUAGACAUAGAUGCCACUGGCUUAGAUGCAGAAGAAAAUGAUAUUCCAGCAAACCAUCGCUCCCCCAAACCCAGUGCAAACAGUGUAACAUCACCCCACUCCAAAGAGAAAAGAAUGCCCUUCUUUAAGAAGACAGAGCACAUCCCUCCCUAUGAUGUAGUGCCUUCUAUGCGACCAGUAGUUUUAGUGGGGCCUUCUCUGAAGGGAUAUGAGGUAACAGAUAUGAUGCAAAAAGCAUUGUUUGAUUUUUUAAAACAUAGAUUUGAAGGGCGUAUAUCAAUUACACGAGUCACAGCAGACAUCUCGCUUGCCAAACGCUCAGUAUUAAACAACCCUAGUAAGCAUGCGAUAAUAGAGCGAUCUAACACAAGAUCAAGCUUAGCUGAAGUUCAAAGUGAAAUUGAGCGGAUUUUUGAGCUAGCAAGGACACUGCAGUUGGUAGUACUUGAUGCUGAUACCAUUAAUCACCCAGCUCAACUAAGCAAAACCUCUUUGGCUCCCAUUAUAGUAUAUGUAAAGAUUUCUUCUCCUAAGGUUUUACAGAGGUUAAUAAAAUCUCGAGGGAAAUCUCAGGCCAAACACCUUAAUGUUCAGAUGGUGGCAGCUGAUAAACUGGCACAGUGUCCUCCAGAAAUGUUYGAUGUAAUUCUUGAUGAGAACCAGCUUGAAGAUGCUUGUGAGCACCUUGCUGACUACCUGGAAGCCUACUGGAAGGCCACACAUCCACCUAGCAGCAACCCUCCUAACCAGCUUCUCACUCGUACACUGGCAACAGCCACUCUUCCUAUUAGCCCAGGUUCAAACAUGAAUUUACAGCAGGGAUCUCAAGGAGACCAGAGGAGUGACCAUGCAGUCCCUGAACGCAGCGGUUCACAGAUUGAAGAGGARGCACGAGUUGAACCCACCAAGAAAUCCCAGCAUCGCUCUUCCUCAUCCCAACACCACAAUCAUCGCGGUGGUGCUGGCCGAGGCCUUUCCAGGCAAGAAACUUUUGACUCAGAAACACAAGACAGCAGAGAUUCGGCUUACAUAGAGCCAAAGGAGGACUACUCGCAGGAGCACGGCGACCACUACGAUGCUCACAGGGAUCACAAUCACAGAGACGAGUCCCAUGGGAGCAGUGAUCACAGACACAGAGAAUCAAGGCAUCGCUCAAAGGAGAGGGACCGCGAGCAGGACCACAAUGAAUGCAACAAACAACGUAGUCGGCAUAAAUCAAGGGACCAAUAUUGUGACAAGGAUGGGGAAGUGGUAUCUAAAAAACGUAAUGACACCGGCGAAUGGAACAGGGAUGUUUACAUCCGCCAGUAACUUUUGCCCCUGGCAGUCUUGUGUUUCUUUGAAGUCUUGUAACGAUGCCCCUUGAAAAUAUCUUUGGGUUUUUCAUUGCAGAACAUAUGGUAUCCUUCUGUAUGCUGAUUUGUAUUGCUGUUGCUUGCAUAGCAAUAGCAUGAAAUAGAAUAUUCAUUUACUUAUUUUUUUGGUUAGUGCUGUAUGAAUUAGCGUAGUACAACUGCAGCCCCUGGUGUUGUACUAUGCCUUUCUUUCAAGCUGUUUUUGGUAGCUGCCACUUGAACAAUAUCUGUUGCCAUCAAGGUGUUGUUAGUGUUUUUAAAAAAAGGUACCUUUGAUGUUUAAUAACUUCCCGUGUAUUCAGCAAGCCAGAAUCAGCACAAAAAAAAAAAAAAAAAAAAAAAACACUAAAAACUUUUGUCUGCUCUGAUUUUUAAUUUGAAUGCACUUGAUUUGCAUAUUGAUUUAAGAGCCACUAUAUGUUGCUUGUACCUCUAGUGGACUCCAUUUGAGGAGAGAAUUCAGUCUUGCCUUACACACAGGGGAUCAUAAAGUCAGAAUCUAUUUUCUAUGUACUGGUACUGUGUACUGUAUAUACAGUUUAUAAAUGUUAUUUCUGCAGACACCUUCUUACUAUAUAAGUUUGAUCACACUGUUUUAGAGUCCUAAUGCCAAGUCAGCAGAUUUGCUUUUGAAUUACUGGCAACUGGAACUAGCCUCAUUUAGGGAAUCUGUAACAGUGUUCAAUCUAAAUACUUCUUCUUCUGUAGCAGAAAGCUUAUACUUACUGUAAAUAUGAAUGAAUGCUUGAGAUAAAGGGUCUAAUUCUUAUACCUAACACGUCCUUGCAAAACCAGUUUUGCAUUUUAAAUUUAUGAUAAAGAUAACUAACCACUAUAAAUUAUUCUUCUCUGUGCAGGUCAUGCAGUUGCAGUGGACACAAUUUCUGUUCUGCUGUCAGAAUAAGGGAGCACACAAAGCAGAGGUGUGGAUGUGAGCAGGGGGAGCAUUGGAUGGGUGCACAUUAGCAGCAAAGUGUGAGAAUCUACUGAAGAAAGCAAAGGUUAUUUAAAAGCCCAGGAAGUCUGUUUCCUCAUUCUCUCUUAUUAAUUUAAAAUCCAAAUUGCAGCUAGGGAACAUGGGGGAGUUUACUGACCCAGGUAAUUGAGAAAGCAUCAAUCUGCUGGCUCUUUGUUGAGACUCCAGGAGAGUAAAAACACAGGCAAAUGUUACUGUGAGUGUUUCACUGGAAAUGUAAAAUCUUUGUGUUUUAGAGUAUCUGUUUUAGUAAGAAAAGUUUACACAGCUUGUGGAGAGUUAUUUUGUUGGAAAAUAAAUUUUGUAGCUUCUCCACUUUUUUUCUACACUCGCCAGUUCCUCCGCAUUCCCACUUUGCAGCCAGCUACUGCUUUUCCUUCACCCCAACUGUUGUGCUGCCAGUAAGAGCUUAGAGAAAUGACUGUGACAAAAUACUCUGUUACGAGCUUACUAGAGAAAAUGCAUUUAACUCAAAGAGAGUGGAAACCGUUUGUUUUGCAUUGAACACCUGUUGCACUGGUAAGUGGGGAAAAAAUCAUUAUUAUUUUUGGCUACAGAUUCCAUACCCUUGCCUAGUGUAAAGGCUGUUCUGCAUCACAUAUAAUCUUUGUAGUAAUUGUAUGAAUGAAAUACUUUUUGUAUUUCACUGUAAAUAGCACAUUAUAUAAAGAUUGUAGUCGGAUAAUACUUCAUUUAGCUGGAAGUUUUUAUUAUUUAUUAUUUUAAUUCUGGGAAUAUCAGCAUUGCCUGAUCUUUGAAUAUCAUUUUAGUGAAAUGGAUAAGAUGUAUGGGAUGUGCUUGUUUUCUCCAGUCUUCUAUUCCAGCAUCCAGGCAACUCAGUUUGACUCCCUUAAAGGUAUUUUGUCUGCCCUGUCCCUCUCCC